AUGAGCGUGUGGCUGAGUGACGAGUGGCUUUUGAGACAACUCACCCCCCUCCAUUCCAUCCCCCCCUUCCCACCUCUGUCCCCCAAAGUUCCAUGCGAAGUGUGUGGACGAGUGGCUUCUGAGUCAACUCUCCCACCCCUUCUCGUCCCUCCUUUCUUUACCCUUGCUCCCCUCUGUCCCCCAGAGUUCCAUGCAGAGUGUGUGGACGAGUGGUUGUCCACGAAGCAACCCCUCUGCCCCAUCUGCAAGGGUGACGCACACGCACCCUCCACCUCCCCUCCUCACACCAGCAGCAGCAGCACUGCUGGGACCAACAUUGCCGCGCAUCCCUCUGUUUCCACACCUCCUUCACUGGGCCAACUCUCCUCAUCCUCCUCCCCCAUUUCCUCAAAAUUAGAGACCUCCUCUCCGUCCUCUCGUUCCUCCUCCCCUCGCACACAAUUCCACCCAUCCACCUCAUCGUUGCUUCUCACCUCUUUGCUUCCGAACCUACCCUGGCUAAGGCACCCUGCUAGCUCCCGAGCCUCCUCGUCUGCUCUGGCCGUACCUAGCCCAUCUGCUGCCAAGAUUGGAGAAGGUGACAUCCGGCGGCCAUUCCUCCUGUUUCCUGGCCCGGCUGCUUCUCCUUCCUCUCCCUCCCAUUUAGUUGCAGACUCAGCACCCAUGCAUGCUGAGCUGUCACACCAAACGGAUUUGAUGAGCAUCGGAUGA